GACGUCACGAUGUGACCUGACCUCUGAACCCAAACCAGUGGGCCAAAUCCAUGUUGAGAUUGUGAAUGGAAGUAGAUCGUUGGUGUUAUGUCUCCGACAAUGUUGGACAUUCGCCGUGUGUUAAAAUGGGGCCAAAUCGUUGUCAACGUUGCAGUGAUGAUUCUAAGCAUGUGUGUGCUGCUGCCGUUGGGAUAUGUGUGGAAGUAUUUCAAUUCGAGCUGCCUCUUGAAUGCCGAUAUCUUCGUACAGGUGUCGCAAAACAAAACUGUCCAGCUGAAUGUCGACAAGACAAAGUGGGGCGACAAUACCCUGUGUUUCUACACUACAUUUCUACCAGUGGUUGUGGCUAUCCAUUCCUUCAUUUGGACCUGGUUUUUCGUAUACGUAAGGAGAUCGGUGAAGGAAGGCGGACAGGAAUCCUACCUACUAGUCCCUGUGGUGGUUCUCCAUGGUAUCCUGUUUGUGUGUAUGGUGGUAUCCAGCUGUAUUGUCACCAAUGGUUUUCACGCAUGGUGCCACAAUCUGGAGAAAAACACCCUUAACAAGUACACGUGCACUGACCUACAGAGCAUGCACUGGUCACUCUUUCGUAGGACGCAAAGCUUCUACACAUAUUAUCAGAUAGCAGAGGCUUCAAGCUGGCUCCUCACAAUAGCACUGGCCUCGCAAUGCGGCCUAACGUUGUACAGGAACUAUCGAGAAUGGACCUGGGAAGAGCCUUCACCAGAUAAAGACAAGACACUGUUGGAGAAAGAAAACGUGCCGAGCGGAGCAUAUGCGUUCCCAGCGAUUGAAACCGACACGGGAUCCUUGAACUUUGCUUCAGAAGUUUCGGUACCCGUCAGCGACAGCGGACGAGGCUCCUUACCGGGAAGGGAGAGUUCAAGAAACUCAAGCAGGAAGAGCCAUAUCGUAUGACAGUUACGUGCAGUGUGAAGUUUCUGCUCAGUCAAGAAGAUACAUUUGUGUUCUGAGAGCGUCUAGUCUAUUCUGUCACUCCUUGCAGCGUUAUGCGCUGUUUUUUUAACCAUUCGCCAUAUGCCAGCAGAUUUGCAGAGGUCUUCCCGACGGACAAAACUAUUUGUCAUGAUCUUUGAAAUGUCUUCAGGGAUACGUAAUUGUUACCAUGGUUACGUCAUGAUUUCUUUCUCCGAUAUAUUUAAGACUUUUAAAAAAUAUAUGUGUUGGGUAACAACUUGUUCGUUCAUAUCUUGUCACUGAGAGGGAUGGGGGUGGUUAUAUCAGUGCUACCUUUAAGAAUUAAAUAACUACUUGUUUCCGCAAAGGAAAAGUGGCCCGGUAGCCCAGUGGUUAAAGGGUUCGCUGGAUACCAGGUCUAGUUUCAGCUGCAAAUGGGUACCUGUGAGGAUGAGUCUGUGUGAUAACUCGCUGCGUUUAACAGGCUGCAUGAGUUGAAUACUCC